AUGUUGCUCAAGCGCGUUCUGUCCGCGCGUCGCGUGACGCUCGCCCGCUUCGCGGCCGCCCACGCGCGCGCGCUGUCCACGUCGUCGUACGCCCCGGCCGACGCCUUCCUGCACCGCCACCUGGGCGUGGCCUCGGAGAAGGACCGCGCCGCCAUGCUGGCCACCGUGGGCUUCGACAGCGUCGAGGCGCUGGUGGCCGCCACGGUGCCCGCGGAGAUCCGCCUCGAGCGGCCGCUGGACCUGCCGCCGCCGCUCAGCGAGAGCGAGGCGCUGGCCAAGCUCAAGGCGCUGGCGGCCAAGAACCAGACGCUCAAGUCCUUCAUCGGCAUGGGCUUCAGCGACACGCUCACGCCCGCGCCCAUCGUGCGCCACAUCCUGGAGAACCCGGGCUGGUACACGUCCUACACGCCGUACCAGGCCGAGGUGUCCCAGGGCCGCCUCGAGAUGCUGCUCAACUUCCAGACCAUGAUCCUGGAGCUCACGGGCCUCGAGUUCGCCAACGCGUCGCUGCUGGACGAGGCCACGGCGGCCGCCGAGGCCAUGGCGCUGGCCCACGGCAACUUCAACGGCAAGCGCGCCAAGUUCUUCGUGGACCAGGACGCGCACCCGCAGACCAUCGGCAUGAUGCGCACGCGCGCCGAGAACGUGGGCAUCGAGCUCGUGGUGGGCAACCCCAAGACGGACCUGGACCUGCAGGACCAGGGCUACAGCGGCGUGCUGCUGCAGUACCCCACGACCUUCGGAGAGGUGAACGACUACCGCCAGUUCGUGGACGACGCGCACAAGUCCAAGCUCGUGGUGGCCGUGGCCACGGACCCGCUCAGUCUCACGCAGCUCACGCCGCCCGGCGAGUGGGGCGCCGACAUCGCCCUGGGCUCGGCGCAGCGCUUCGGCGUGCCCAUGAUGUUUGGCGGCCCGCACGCCGCCUUCCUGGCCACGACCAAGAAGUACCACCGCAAGAUGCCCGGCCGCAUCAUUGGCGUGUCCGUCGACUCGCGCGGCGAGCCGGCGGUGCGCAUGGCCAUGCAGACCCGCGAGCAGCACAUUCGUCGUGACAAGGCCACCAGCAACAUCUGCACGGCACAGGCGCUGCUGGCCAACAUGGCGGCCGCCUACGCUAUCUACCACGGCCCCGAGGGUCUGGACAAGAUCGCCACGCGCGCCAACCUGUACGCCGCGACGCUCGCCGCUGGCCUGGAGAAGUUCGCGCCCAAGUGCAAGGUCGUGAACGACGCCUUCUUCGACACGCUGGACAUCGACGUCUCGCAGUCGGGCAAGACGGCUUCGGACGUGGCGACGGCCGCCACGAAGCACGGCGUGAACGUGCGCGUCAUCGACGACAAGCGCGUGGGUGUGUCCAUGGGCGAGAGCGUCGACCUGGCCGAUGUGGAGAAGCUGCUGCUGGCAUUCGGUGCUGCCGAGAGCGACCUGCCCAAGGAUCUGGAGCAGGCCCUAGGCGCGCGCGCGGAGGAGAUCCAGAAGAAUAGCAUCCCGGAGGGCCUCCGUCGUACAACGCCGUUCCUGGAGCACAGCAUCUUCCACAAGUACCGCUCGGAGACGGAGCUCACCCGCUACCUGAAGCAGCUGGAGGACAAGGACCUGGCCCUCAACCGCUCCAUGAUCUCGCUGGGAAGCUGCACCAUGAAGCUGAACGCCGUGUCGGAGCUGGCCCCCAUCUCGUGGCCCGAGUUCACCAACGUGCACCCGUUCGUGCCGAAGGAGCAGAGCGCUGGCUACCGCGAGCUGAUUGAAUCGCUGAACCACUCGCUGGCCGUCAUCACGGGCUUCAGCGCCGUGUCGACGCAGCCGCAGAGUGGCGCGCAGGGCGAGUACGCGGGUCUGCUGACGAUCCGCAACUACCAGCGCUCUAUCGGCCAGGGCCACCGCAACGUGUGCCUCAUCCCGGUGUCUGCUCACGGAACCAAUCCCGCUAGCGCUGUCAUGGCCGGCAUGAAGGUCGUGGUGGUCAAGUCGGACGAGAACGGCAACGUGGACCGCGAGGACCUGGCUGCCAAGGCGGCUGAGCACUCGGACAACCUCAGCGCUUUCAUGAUCACGUAUCCGUCGACGUUCGGCGUGUUCGAGCCGGGUAUCAAGGACAUGGUGGACCUCAUCCACUUGCACGGUGCCCAGGUCUACAUGGACGGCGCCAACAUGAACGCGCAGGUGGCCCUGUGCAGCCCCGGUGACAUCGGCGCCGAUGUGUGCCACCUGAACCUGCACAAGACCUUCUGCAUCCCUCACGGCGGCGGUGGUCCGGGUGUCGGCUCCAUCGGUGUGGCGGCCCACUUGGCCCCAUUCUUGCCGGGCCACUCGGUGAUGCCGACGGGCGGUGAGGGCGAGCACACGGUGAAGAAAACGGAGUCGGCUGUCAGCGGAUCGCCCUUCGGCAGCGCCGGCAUUCUGCCGAUCCCGUGGAUGUACAUCAACAUGCUCGGCGAGGACGGCCUGAAGCAGGCAACGUCGACCGCUAUCCUGAACGCCAACUACAUGGCCAAGAAGCUGGAGAGCCACUACGAGGUUGUGUUCCGCGGUGCCAACGGUACGUGCGCGCACGAGUUCAUCAUCGACAUCCGCCCGUUCAAGGAGUUUGGCAUCGUGGAGGAGGACGUCGCCAAGCGUCUGCAGGACUUCGGCUUCCACAGCCCCACCAUGUCGUGGCCUGUGCCCGGCACGCUCAUGAUCGAGCCUACAGAGAGCGAGAGCAAGGCCGAGAUGGACCGCUUCUGCGAGGCUUUGGCCAUCAUCCGUCGCGAGAUCGAGGACGUCGCCACUGGAGUCAUCGCUGUGGAGGACUCGCCGCUCAAGCAUGCGCCGCAUACGGUGGACCAGGUUACGGCUGCCGGGUGGACCCGCAAGUACUCGCGUGAGCAGGGCGCGUUCCCUGCCCCGUGGCACCAGGGAGGCAAGAACAAGACGUACUGGCCGUCUGUGGGCCGCGUCGACAACGUGCACGGCGACCGCCACCUCGUGUGCAGCUGCCCGCCCCUCUCGGACUACGAGUAA